AUGAAGUUGACCAACUUGCUUGCCCUUUCUGCCUCAGUGAUUACCCUUGCUGAAUGUACGCAGCAGCCAGAUAACGACAUUCAAAAAAGAGAACCGAAGAACGUCGCCAACUUGGACUACCUCUUCCAGCAAUAUGAGCAAGACCAUAAGGGAGAAGAUUCAGAUGAAAAAGUUAAAAGAAAAAAUGUGGCUGACUUGUCGAACCUAGAACAUCUUCUCGAGGAUGAACAGGAGUCAGUCGAGAAGGACUCGAAGAUCAAGCGUGAUGGUAUUCAGGGCAAACAAGCCCGCAGAGUUUUUGACCCCAAGAGCUUCUUCCAUGCGAAGAUGAAGCGGUCCCAGAAGGUGAUCAAAACAUAUGAGAGCUCAUCUGUGAAUAAUGUGCUUACGCAGGUGCGGGAUGUCUCUGUUUUUGCAGGUUACUUGAGGGACUCGGAAAAGAUCUUGAAGCAAUUACACAAGAAUAGGUUUGCAGUUAUUAUUGCCCCCUCUGACCAUGCGCUUUCGAGCAAGCUUGGGGGCCGCAAGCCUUGGGAAUUUCCCAGAGAUCCCAAUGACGAGAACGACGCUGCGGCCAACAUUCAAGAUUUCGUCAAGGCUCAUUUGGUGAAAUUUGAGGGAGAGCUUUCUGAGAUCCAGGAUGAAGUUGCACUUUUGCUGUUUGACGGUCAGACGAUUGUGAUAAGGCACGAUGCUGCAACCGACUCUUUUAGAGUUGAGAAGGGUGAUUCUUGGACCGACGUGGUUGCAGUGUACUACGCUGAUGACGGUGCAGUGCUUGUCAUUGACGACAGCCUUGUGAAGCCACAGAACUAA